GCCCGAGCUUUCGAGCAUCGAGACGCAUCGCCUCUCCUUCCCUUUUUGUCUCCGUAAAAUCGACCAAGAAACGUAAGCUAAAUUCCUCGCGUACACGACGACAUGACCGAGGAAACGCGAAGGUGUUCGUACACUGACGUUUUCUAGUGAAACCGUGUACAUAUAUACUUUGGACGAAUUAAUCAAGUGAAAACCUUCUACUUAUAUAAAGGCGACAGGCCGAAGGGGUUUCUAUAGAAGAAAGAAAGUCAAAAAGAGAGAAAAAGAGAGAGAUUGUGAGAUUGGCGACCCGGGUGCAAUGUCGUAUCACCGUGGGGGCCAGGCGGGCGCCGUAGCAGUCUCGUACAGCACCAGUCCAAUGGCGCCGCAUUCUCCUAACAGACGAUGUUCCAGCAGUAGCAGCGGCAACAGUUCCGCUAUCGGCACCUCAACCUCGAAGCUGAACACCUACCGAUCUACUGCUUCUUCGUCGAUCCUAGAUCGACCGUCGAACUUCUACUCGACGUCGUCCGGCAGUUCGGGCUUUCGUUCAAACUAUACAACCGAGUAUAGGCGAUCCUUCUGCCCAUCAGGCAGUUACUAUUCGUCAACGGGUUCGAGCAUACGCAGAAGCUACGUGUCGGAGUACAGCCGGUCUCACUGCUCACACACAAGGUCAGUUUCGUCGUCGACGUACAGCAGCACUGGCAGUAGCGGUAGCACGGCUACGAAUGUGACUGUAAACGGCACCAGCGGUAGCAGAUUCGGCUUGUCCACAUCGUCGUCCUCGUCGAGCAUCUCUGUCGGCAGUUCGUCCAGGGAUAGAGGAAUCCCGGAAUCCUCGUCUAGACUAGAAAUUGCAGCGGAUCUGAUCAGGUACUCACCGUCCGGUUACAUACCGAAUAUUCGUCAAACGAGCAGCAGUAGCAGCAGCAGCACCACCACCACGACCACCACCACUACCACCACCACCACCACAAGUGGAACCCAUCAUCAUCAUCAUCACCACCAUCAUCAUCAGUGGAAGCAUCAUUCAGCCGGUUCCUCGUUGACGGAGUUGUUUGGUGGUGACGAUCGUGACAUAGUCGUCGAACGUACCGGCAGAGAUCAUCGUCCGGAGUCGUCGCUCUCCUCGUCCUCCUCGUCGUCUUCCUGCGCUGUCAGUGGUGCACUCUGGUCCAGGUCGAAGAGAAGGCCACUGUCCAGCAGCACGGUGCUCAGCAGCGGGCAUGCACGCGCGGACAGUACCGCGUCGCCUGGCGAGGUAACGAUCGACGAGCGCGGUACGAUCCGCAAUCUAGACGAGGACGAGGACGAUAACGACGACAACGACGACAACGAGGACGACAAUAAAUCCGAUGACGAUCAACAUAAUAACAACAACAGUAAUGGGAAUAACAGCAGCAGCGCCGAGGACGUUCGUAAUCCCGGUCAAUAUGGGAUAAACAACAACGACCGCGACCACAACCACGACCCUGACCGCGACCACGAUCACGACCCCGAUGACGGUGACAAGGACGAUGACGACGAGGACGACGAAAACAACAAGCUGAACAACUGGCACCAUCGGCAACAACAGCAGCAACGCGGUGCUGCCCAUCGGAUUGACGAGGUUUCACCAGCUAAGCGCAACCUCUUGUCGCCUAUGCCCGGUGGCGGUGCUGGCGGUGCUGGUUUGAUCGGUGUUAAGCUCGACUUGCUCACUAACCUAGCCACUAAUCCGAGUAACGACGAGCUGCUGAUUAACAACAACGAUCAGAAGAUUAUCCAAGAGUUAGAGGAACAGGAGGACGGCAUCGAAGUCGGGGGCGAGAUUAGAGGCGCUGGUGAGGUAAUACGCGGCAUCAACGACGCUGUCACCUCCAUCGACGCGAUUGCGUUCCUUCGUGGUGGUCGCACUGGGGAUCCGGAAAGUUUUAAAGACGGUGAGGAGCAACGGAACGUGUCUAUCUCGUACGGUAUCGAUCAGACCUGGUUCGUAGGCGGCACGCCGCCUAUUUUGCAAAACGGUGUGGCGGGAAGACCCUUGGGUACCUAUGGGGAUGACCCAUCUCUACCUUCCACGUCCAGGAGACCAGAUAGUCAUUUCUCGAGGACAAGCGCAAAUACUGCCAGUAAUCUGACCUCAUCGCCCACUACACCGUCCACGGCUCAUCAAAAUCUCUACCGCGUGGUCACCGACCAGUUUGAAGGAAGCCCGACAAACAAAUCAGCACGUAAUCGGUUACAGGCCCAUCGCGAUGAGCGAUGUGGAUUAAACGGGUUGCGAAAUAUCGGGAAUACAUGUUUUAUGAACAGUGUAAUCCAAUGUCUGAGUAAUACGAGACCGUUAUUGGAAUAUCUGCUAAAUGAACAGUACCUGACAGAUAUAAACACCAGCACAAGCAGCAUGAAAGGAGCCCUAAUUAAAGCAUUCAGCCAGGUGAUUCAUGAGCUGUGGGAGGUGGGCGGUAAUCUCGUGGUUAACACAACGGCACUCAAAUCUCAGAUACAAAGAUUCGCACCACGUUUCAUGGGAUACAGUCAACAGGAUGCUCAAGAAUUUCUCAGAUACUUGUUAGAAGGACUGCAUGAGGAUGUGAACAGGGUGACAGUGAAACCACAGCCAAUACAUACAGAUAUUCCUGAAAUGUACACGGAUAGUCAAAAGGCAGUCGAGAGCUGGAAGCGCUACCUGCGCAGUGAAGACAGUAUGAUAGUGGAUGUGUUUGUGGGUCAAUUACGCUCGUCGUUACACUGUACCUCCUGCGACCACGUGUCGGUCACGUUGGACCCUUUUUGGGAUCUAAGCUUACCAAUACCAGCUAGAAGUGGUACAGUAAAGUUGAGCCAAUGUUUGGAACAUUUCACACGAGAAGAAGUGCUCGAUGGUGAUGAGAAGCCGACUUGUUCCAAGUGUCAAAUGAGGAGAAAGUGCACGAAGAGCUUCAGCAUACAGAAGUUUCCGAAGAUUCUUGUUAUUCAUUUAAAACGUUUCUCACCGAUGGAACGAUUCCGCAACAAGCUAAACGUGAUGGUAGAUUUUCCAUUGACAGGUUUGGAUCUCAGUGCCUUUGCCGCGCCCAAAGUUCCGGGUUGUACGUACAAUUUGUACGGUGUCGCGAAUCAUUCAGGCACAACGCACUCCGGUCAUUACACGGCAUAUUGUAAGCAUCCAUACUCGGGGGAGUGGCAUGAGUAUAAUGACAACCGGGUGUCCGUGGUUCCAGCGCGGUCAGUCGUUUCCAACGAAGCCUAUGUACUGUUUUACGAGCAGCAGCCUCACAGCUCUCACUUGUAACCUUACGCCAUGCCUAGAGUAUAAAAAAAAAAACGAUCA